AUGUCUUUUGCUCUUAUUCCCACUCCAUUAUGUGGAUCAGAAGAGAAACUUGAGAAGUUUCUUAGUCUCAUCAGCGACAUUGCCGAUACAACAUAUGCCAACGAGCCGCGAAAUGUGUCCUACUCUUGGUUUAGGAAGAGCCCCCUAGAUCAGCAAGAUGAGCACCGCUGCUGUGGAUUCGAAGUGUACGCCGACGAACUAGCUUUAACACAAGCCCAUCGAAGCAGUCCAGAAUACAAGAGAAUGCGAUCUGUAGGCGUGGAGGAGCAACUCUUCGUCCAUCCCACUGCUCUCAUUUUUCUAGAACCAGCUUGUGCGAAUGGAUUUCUUGCGAGAGAAGUAGCAGAUGUCCAGUUCAAACAUUCACAAACGAACAGCAACCUCAUCGUUGUGAGAAGAUAUAUCACGAAACAUUAUGAAGAGACUAAAGUCCUUUUGGAAGAAUUGAACCUGCUGGCCCGGAAGUGUAGGGAGAUGGAGCAUGUUCUCACAUUUAUGCCAUUGAAAAGAAAAGAUGGAGUCGCUACGGAGGUCUCAGUGCUUGAGAGAUAUACAUCCCAGGAGAAAUAUGAACAAACGCAGAUAUCAUUAGAAGAGUUGAGGUACGAUGAAGAUAUUGGGCAAGGGGAAAUAUCAAGGCUGACUUCACGCUCAGGACUAGAACUGAAGGUUUCGCAGAACAAGUGGACACAUCAUACUGGGAGAAUGGGAUCGGGCACAUUCGAUCUAAGGGUUUCAUUGAAGCGGCUUGAAGCUCUAGCCGAGCUAUAUCAGCAGUAG